AAAACAAUGUAUAAAUUGACAUAAUUUCUAUGGCUAAUCUCACAAAAAAGCUGCACUUGAAGAAUGGAGACAGUCAAUUACCUGCAUCAUUUCUUUCUCCUCUGCUUCGCCGGAUUAGCAUUCAUUGGUCACCGAUAUACCGAUGCAAAGGUGAUGAUGGAAUACAUUGGCCCGGCCGGCAAACCAGUUUCAUUCUAUUCUGUACCGAUUGAAGAUGGGAUUGACUUCCAUUUCAUACUUAGCUUUGCCAUUGAUGCAGACCAAUCAGGCAAUCCACAGAAUGGCAUAUUUUCACCGAAUUGGCCAAAAACAUUGACACCAGAGUCACUUGCAGACAUCAAGAACAAGAAUCCAAAGGUAAAGGCCUUGGCCAGCCUCUCUGGCUGGAGCCUAAACAAGAAAUUGCUUUACUGGUAUGAUCCUCAAGACCCUCAAAAAUGGAUAUCUAAUGCUUUCACAUCACUCAAAUACAUAGCCCUUAAGUACCAUCUUGAUGGUAUUGACAUAGACUAUCAGAACUUCCCGAAAGGAAACAAAACAAGUUUCGCUUAUUGCAUCGGUGAGCUGAUUACCCAGUUGAAGAAGGAAAAGGUCAUUUCAGUAGCAACAAUUGCGCCAUAUUAUGCGACGGUUCAACAUUACAUUGAGCUCUAUGAGAAAUAUGGAGGGGCUAUUGACUAUAUUAAUUACCAAUUCUUUACCGAUAAAGUCCAGACCCCAGAAUUAUAUUUAGAAGCCUUCAAGCUUCAAGCAAGCCACUUUGAUAAGGAGAAAUUGCUGCCUAGCUUUGAAGUUGAUGGAAGGGGAAUUCAUGGGGACUCAUUUCUUGAUGCUCUGUAUCUGUUGGAGAAAAAUGGGUUUGAAGUUAACGGAGUAAUGAUUUUCUCAGCUGAUGCUUCUGGUGCCGGUUUAUCUGAGUAUUACUAUGAGUAUAAAUCACAAAACUUUUUGCUUGAAUCCGCUAAAAGCAAAAAGUGUAACAAGUCCGAGGAGAUUCCGAGGUUGGUCUGAAAACUUGGCAAUCAGCAUAAAAAAAAACAGCAGGUCUUUCCAUCCUACAGUUGUGGCUGCUUAAGAAUUUUUGCUUAAAUCUUCUAGAGUGUGAAGGAUAUACAUAAGAACAAGUGAGGAAGAGCUAAUUCACUUGUAUUUGAUGAAUAAGUGAUGGUAUGUCAUAAAUAUCAUGAGCUUAGUUUGUUGUUUCGGAAAAUAUCAGAAUAAAGAGGGGGACUUUGACAGAAAACUCAACAACUGGAAGUUGCAGAGAAAACCAGAAGUUUACUGCAGAUUUCUUCCAUGGGUUUUUCUUGUUAUUGUCUGGAUUAUGUUAUUUGGCUUUAAAUUUUGCAUUUGUUUUGAUAAGUAUGUAAUAAUAUUCAGGCUUC